AUGCCUCUGAUGGAAGUCAAAAACCAAAUACUGGCUAACAGAUCCUCUGGCUACCACACAGCGUUCAUUUCAAUAGAUCUCAAGAGCGCUUUUGAUACGCUGUGGUGGCCAGCAAUAUUACAAGCUCUACGAACCGCUAACUGCCCAAGCAAUAUUUACAACACCAUCGUAAACUAUUUAGCGGACCGCCGGCUGAUCCUUCCACAUAACAGCGGAAUUAUAGAACAAGAUCAGACACAGGGAUGCCCGCAAGGCUCAUGCGCCGGACCGUUCCUAUGGAACAUAACCUUCAACGGAGUCCUCAACAACCCAUGGCCUGACCAUACAAGGAUUAUCGCUUACGCAGACGAUACAGCCCUAAUCGUCAAAGGAAGAACCAGGGAAAAGCUCCAGGCCAAUGCAAUCGAAUCCUGCUCCCUUUUUCAGGAAAGAUGCACAGCCCUAAAACUUCAAAUAGCAGAGGCCAAAUCUCAAAUUUUGCUCGUCCCAAAAAAAGGCGGAUCGCUGGCAAGACAGCCAAGGAUAACUUUAAACGGACAUCGCCUCCGCAUCACUCCAGUGCUGAAAUAUCUAGGAAUUCUCUUCGACACCAAAUUAAACUGGAUCCCCCAUGUGCUGGAGCUGAAAAAGAAAACUGCAAGAUUAGCCCAACAACUAAGAUAUAUGCAGGGCUAUAAAUGGGGUCUCAAUCCCUAUAUCCAGAAAACGCUUUACACAACAGUAGCCGAGAAAGUUAUAACUUAUGGAGCGGCUGUUUGGUCAGCGCCUAUGCAGGGCCGCAAAGUCAAGCAUCUACUUAGCAUACAAAGGCCUUUUCUCCUGAAUGUCACCAAGGCCUUCCGAACAUCCCCUACAAAUGCGUUAUGCGUACUAGCGGGAUUGCUACCGCUCCAUCUGAGCGUAGAAAAGGAAGCAGCCUAUCAGGAGAUCACUCAACUUGGCAAUCUAACCACCUUCAGAGACGAGCUAUACUCACCAGCCGAAUUUGAACAAAAGAUGAUACGCCUUGCCGAUCACCCCUCAACGCAGGGACAGGGAGUAAAGAUUAGCAUCAAGCAAAACACCAAUGUAAAGGAAGAUGAUCUAGUCUAUUAUACCGACGGGUCAAAACUAGAUGAAAAUACAGGUUGCGCCUAUGUUGCCCUCAGACAGCAAAGCACAAUAGCACAAUGGAAAGGUCACCUGGACACAAACAACAGCGUGUUCCAGAGUGAAGUAAUGGCCAUCAAACAAGCUCUACUUACGAUAAUCCAACAGCGGCAAAGAGACAGCUUCAUUAUAACAGACAGCCUCUCCUCCCUGUAUGCAAUUGUGAACCCUGUGCACAGCUCCCCACUGAUUGCAGAGAUUCAGACACAUCUGCGCGACCACAGCCAUCUUAACACCAGGAUAGAAUGGACCAAGGCCCACGUCGGCAACAGGGGGAACGAGCAAGCAGAUCAACUUGCAAAGGAGGCUGCAAGAAACAUCAAUGCGGAACAUAUCACCAUCCCUUGGCCAGUUUCAUAUUUAAAGAAAAGUCUGAAACACAAGGCAAAAUCCGUUUGGCAGGAGGAAUGGGAUACUGGUGAGACAGGACGCCGUGCUCACUAUCACGUCCCUACGGUAGACUCAGACCGUCUCAUAGUGCAUGCACAAAUGGUCCGAUACAUUACCGGACACGGUCCUUUUUCCCGUGUACUAUGA